CGGUUAAUCGCAGCGGAUAGUCGGUACUCGGCAGUCGUUCGCUCGACGUUUAGCUGAACGCACGUUCGCGAAUCGAUUCGUACCUUGUUGCUCUCACCAGUAACUUUUAAUCAACGUGGGAAUGUUUAACGCGUAUCACCGCCUCAGGGCGGUGGACUGGAACUCCUUUCGGGGGAGUGUCCGGGAUACCUUCAUGAAGCUCAUCCGGACACGUGACCCCGUACAAGUAGAGAUUCAGGAACUACCAACGUUGGGGAGAAGUCGUUUUUCUCGAUGCCUGACAACUUCGGAUUUAACAUCUCUGGGUGUGGGCUCCUGUGUCGGUACCGGCAUGUAUCUGGUUACCGGCAUGGUAGUUCGGAGGGUUGCUGGUCCAGGCACUGCUCUUAGCUACAUCAUAGCGGCGGUUGCUAGCCUAUUUUCAGGUGUAUGCUACGCUGAAUUCGGCGUUCGUCUGCCGAAUACUACUGGAUCAGCCUAUACAUAUGCCUACGUAACUCUUGGUGAAUUUAUUGCCUUCAAUCUUGGAUGGAAUAUGGUGUUGGAAUAUCUGAUUGGUACGAGCUCCUGCGCUAGAGCCUUGAGCGCAUGUUUCGACUCUCUCUGCAAUGGCGUUAUCUCUGAGUACUUCGGAUCGAAAUUGGGAACGAUUUUUGGCAAGCCUCCUGACAUCGUGGCAUUCAUAAUAACUAUUCUGAUGACGUCGUUGCUUGUGGGCGGUGUGAAGAAGUCCCUGUUCUUCAACAACAUCCUGAACAUUAUAAACCUGAGCGCUUGGGUAUUCAUUGUGACCGCAGGACUUUUCUACGCCAAGUGGGAUAACUGGGAAACUCAUGAUGGAUUCUUACCAUACGGAUGGAGUGGAGUGUUUACCGGGGCGGCUACUUGCUUCUACGCGUUUAUCGGUUUCGACAUCAUAGCCACGACUGGAGAAGAAGCCACCAACCCGAAACGAUCGAUUCCUCUAGCGAUCGUCUCCAGUCUUGCCAUCGUCCUCGUGGCCUAUGUCAGCUGCUCGUUGAUGCUGACGCUUAUCGUGCCGUACAAUGAAGUUUCAUCAGAGUCUGCCCUGGUGGAUAUGUUUGCAUACGUGUCUGCUCCAAAGUGCCAGUACAUCGUCGCAUUAGGCGCUCUUGCCGGUCUCACCGUCUCCAUGUUUGGCUCUAUGUUCCCGCUUCCCCGUGUUGUGUACGCUAUGGCUCAGGAUGGAUUGAUAUUCAGGCAAUUGGCUUCAAUAUCUUCUUCUUCCGGAACACCUGCGUUUGCUACCUUCUGUGGAGGCGGUGCGGCUUCCGUCAUAGCGAUGAUAAUUCCAAUCGACGUCCUGGUUGAAAUGAUGAGCAUUGGUACUCUGCUGGCUUACACCAUGGUCUCUACAUGUGUGAUGAUACUCCGCUACCAACCCCACAUAACUAAUCUGAUGGAACUACUGCCUCAAACUCUGCGGACUCCAGUCGAUCCUGAAGCCGCUAUAUCCGGACCACGUGAAGCCAUCCUUACUAUUACUUCUCAUACUCAGAUGAUGCCUCAACGCGUGAUGGUUCGCCGCGUUACUCGCAGCUCUCCGGACUCCGAAGAAUCAAUGGCUGGUGAAGACAGCGACUAUGACCGUGAUGACGCAUUUCUUGUCAACUCCGAGAACAACUUUUACGCUCCUCCCGGACCGUGCACUAGCGGCAGCCGAUUCACCCGAUUCUGGAACGCCUUGCAACGCAAAAUGUUCGCCAUGUCUUACUUGUGCCCUGGAUUCUUACCCUGGAUGGAUUGCGGCCCGGCAACUGAGUACAGUGGAAUGUUCGUGAUCAAAUCCGUUGGCGUCAUGUAUGUGCUGGUGAUUAUGUUGGAUGUCCUGGCUGCUUAUGGAAGCCCAAGUACUUCUACCUUCACCGCUGUUGUUAUGGUACUUCUGGCGUUGGCUAUUCUGAUGAUCUUGCUCAUGAUCUCUCGCAAACCACAAAACCGCUACGGCUUGAUCUAUGCGACUCCUGGCGUUCCAUUCAUUCCGGCUAUUGCUAUCAUCGUUAAUAUCUACCUGGUUCUCAAUCUCUCCAUACUGACGCUGAUCCGAUUCACUAUUUGGAUGAUACUGGGACUUUUCAUGUACUUCAAAUAUGGCAUUAAGAACUCUGUUCUGGAGACUGAACCACUGAUUCCCCGGGAGCCAACACCACCUCCGAGAAAUCCUUUGGAGCGUUCAAUGAUUCCACAACCUUCAGCUCAGCCAGAACCGCAACGUGGUGACAGGAAUAUCUUCGAAGGCGACGGCACUGGACCUUUUGGAAACAAUGACUAUGAUGCCAAGACAAACAAGACAACAUCCCACACACACACCUCUAGCCGACCUCCGUGGGCCUGCCCUGAUGUCCCGCAUGACUCAUGGGAUAACUAAGUUCCAACGGAUGAUACGCACGUUUUGUUUUUUUUCUAUUACGUCCUUCACGGCAUCGGUGCUGGUUUACUAAUAUCAAGCAAACUCUACGGGGCAAAGUAAUAUGUGGUGUGCGUAUGGUACAAUUACAGGCAAUCGAAUAUAUUGGAAAAGUAACACGUGCCUCUCCUAGGCACACCGAUGUUAUAUGCCACCGCUAGUAGCGAAUGCUUGAAAUUAGUAUAUUAUAUUUAUCGGUAAGCAUCUUGAAAAAAUGCGGUGAAGGAAUUACCUUGCUAACUUAUAAUCGCAACUUAUCGAGAUAUUUACCGAUGAUUAUAAUAAAUAUAUUGAUUAUUCGACCAACCAGUACCGAUAAGUGACAGGAUUUCGUCCAUAUGUUUUAAUAUACAUAUGUAUUUUAAAUUUUAACUUAUUGGUCCCUAAUUAGUUGUAGUUUUCUUUUAUCUUCAUAGUUUUUUUUUUAAUAUUUUAUUUUUAUAGUUUUCCUACCAUUUUCGCUUAGUAUAAAUUAUUAUUUAUGAUUAUUUACUCGGUUAAGGUAAGGUUGCUUUGUGUUUUAAAAUAUGAUUCCGAAGCUACAGUAAAAGUAAUCCGUUGCAAUUUUUUUAUAAUAUUUAAACUAAAAAUAUCAGUUUUCAUGUAAAGCUCAUAUUAAGUUCCUAUAAAUUUAAAACACAAUUUAAAAGUUAAAUUAUUUAAACUGUGAACAUUGUCAACUAUAUAUUUGAAACGGCUUUCACGUUCAAUUAUUCAGACCAACCGCAGGUCAUUCAUCUAACUUAAUAUAACU